CUCCCCCCCCCCCUCUCCCUCUUGCUUGAUUUCUCUUAAAAAAAAAUGGAACAGGCAGCAGCAGGAGGGAAGGGAACAGUGACGCCAUUAGCGUCAAUGUUUCCAGUGAACGAAGCACAAAAGGCAGCGAAACGAGUUGAAGAGAAGAUUGGAGAGAAGCAAAAAGAGUUAGACUGUAUCAAAGAAUAUGUUACUGAAAACACCAAUCUUAUUAACCUUGUCUCUAGAUUACCUGAUGAACUUAAUCAUGAUAUUAUGGUGCCAUUUGGGAAAGCUGCGUUUUUUCCUGGUAGAUUGAUACACACUAAUGAGUUCAUGGUUCUUUUAGGAGAUGGUUAUUAUGCUGAAAGAACAGCUAAGCAAACUGUGGAGAUUUUGACAAGGAGAGGGAAAGCUUUGGAUUCUCAAGUUGAAUCUCUUAUGGCAAAUAUGAAGGAUCUUAAAGCCGAGGCUUCAUUUUUUGAUGUUACGGCUUCUGAGGCUGCUGAGGGUCUUGUGGAAAUAAGGGAAGAUUACGUGGAGGAAAAUUCUUGGGAAAAACAUUCCAAAUCAGAUGACAAGAAUAAUGACAAAAAAGUUGCAUUUGAAGAUGAUGAAUAUGCCCGCAUAAUGUCUAGGUUGGAUGAGCUGGAGAAAGAAGAACUAGAAGCUGAAGAUGAAGAAGUGGAUGCUGAAGAUGAUGAUGAGAGUGCUGUUGAGCAACCUGAUGCAGCUGAAAACGACGAUGAGAGUGAUACGGAUGAACAAACUGAUGCAGCUGAAAGUAAUAGUGAAAACCAUGAUAACACACAACCUAAAGCUAAAUUCAAUCAAUUUCCGCAUCAGAUUCAUUCAGAGAUAAGGAAACCACUGCAGCAGACAACUGCCGAAGCAUUAUCAAAUAAGUAUCUUCCUCAACAAAGUAUUACUGAUACAUCAAAUGUGCUCAUGCAGACUCCAAAAUCAGGAUUCAAUAGUUCCAAGGCUUUCACAGGCUCAAUUGCGGAGAGUGCUGACACUGUUUCAACAAAUUCCAGACAACAGGCUGUGACUUCAUCACAGGCUUCAGAACCAGCAUUUGACAGUUCCAAGGCUAUCAUAGGUUCCAUUGUGGAGAGAGCUGACACUAUUCCCAAAAAUUCACAACAACAGGCUGCGACUUCAUCCCAGGCUUCAAAACCAGCAUUUGACAGUUCCAAGGCCUUUACAGGUUCUGUUGUGGAGCGCACAUACAACUUACCAACAUCAGGACAAGAUGCCGUUUCAUCACAGUCAUCCAGCUCUCAACCUUCAAAGCCAGUUUCCAGAUUCAAGAUACGGAGAUCUUAGCUGCCAUUGUUAUAGAAAUGUGUAAAUUGAGAAACCACACGCAUAUUCUGUCUUUGAGCAGUUUUUGGAGAUCCGCUUGUGUUAAGCUAGAACAACAUUAAUGGUCCAAACAGAAUCCAUCCUUGCAUGUAUUUGAUAUUUGCGUGAAAGGCUUCUCGUGUGACCCCUCUGCUCUCCUCUGGUAUAUUUUGUUCUAGUUGGCAACUUGACAUGGGUCAUCGGCACCGGAAACCAGAGGCAAGUUGAAGUGCUGUUGAUAGUGUAGUACAAUAUUGAUGUGUUUAUAGAUGCCUCAUGCUUCUGGCUAGUCUAUGAACGCUGUGCUGUGUCUAAUGGAAUUCUGUUUUUGUUGUCAUACUAAUGACUGGUAUAGUGUAAUAUUGAUCGUCAUACCAAUGACUGGUCUAAUGGAAGGUGCCUAAUGGUGAUGGCCUAGCUUUCUCA